CCCACGGCGGCGGCUGUAGAGAACCGCCCGAGCUUCCUUCCAGCGAAGCGGCGCCACCUCCACUGGCCUGAGCGCGGAGAGGGACUUCGCCGGAGAUCCGCCCAAAUCGAUUCCUCCUGCUGUGUGCAGAGCUCCAGAUGAGUUCAAAGAAGGUUGUUCCAUUCAACCGUCAUAAGGAGAACGAAGAGGCGAGGAAGAAGAGGGAGGAGGAUGAAGCAGCACGCGUGUACGCGGAGUUUGUCGAGUCAUUCAAGGGCGAAAGCACGUCCGGGUCAAAGUUUGUCCGAGGGGGUGUGAUUGACCCAAAUGCCAAGCUGAGAGCUGAUUCUGAAGGUGGAAAAUCCAAAGAUGGGUGGUCUGUUCCAAAGAAGGGCAGUAGGUAUGUUCCAUCUUUUUUGCCGCCGUCAUUUGGGAGAGAGCCAGAGAAAAAGAAGGAAGAUGAGCGGCCAAAGGAAAAGGAAAAAGGAAAGCCACGGGCAAUAGACAAGUUCAUGGAGGAACUCAAGUUUGAGCAAGAGCUACGAGAAAGGCGCAAUCAAGAACGUGAUGGUCGACACGGUGACACCUCCGCGUCCUCUAGCCAUUUUGAUGAACUGCCAGAUGAAUUUGACCCAACAGGGAGAUUACCAGGAUCAUUUGAUGACGGAGAUCCGCAAACCACAAACUUAUAUGUUGGCAAUCUCUCUCCUAAGGUGGAUGAGAAUUUUCUUUUGAGGACAUUUGGUCGGUUUGGACCUAUUGCUAGCGUCAAGAUUAUGUGGCCUCGAACAGAAGAAGAACGCAGAAGGCAAAGGAAUUGUGGUUUUGUUGCAUUCAUGAAUAGAGUAGAAGGACAGGCAGCCAAGGAUGAAAUGCAAGGUGUUAUUGUGUAUGAUUAUGAGUUGAAGAUUGGGUGGGGCAAAUCUGUUUCUCUUCCAUCACAAGCACUGCCUGCUCCUCCUCCAGGACAAAUGGCAAUCAGAAGCAAGGAGGGUGGCACUGUUAUCAUAUCUGGUCCUGGAGGUCCACCUCUUACAUCUGUUACACCACAAACCUCAGAGCUGGUUCUUACUCCAAAUGUUCCUGAUAUUGUGGUUGCUCCGCCGGAUGAUUCACAUCUUAGGCACGUGAUUGACACAAUGGCUCUGCAUGUACUUGAUGGUGGAUGUGCUUUUGAACAAGCUAUAAUGGAAAGAGGACGAGGAAAUUCUUUAUUCAGCUUCUUGUUUGAUCUUAAAUCAAAAGAGCACACAUACUAUGUUUGGAGGUUAUACUCCUUUGCUCAGGGUGAUACUUUACAACGAUGGCGAACAGAACCAUUUAUCAUGAUUACUGGAAGUGGAAGAUGGGUUCCACCUGCUUUGCCAUCCAGCAGAAGCCCUGAGCGUGAAAAAGAAUCUACGUUUGCAGCUGGUAGAAGCAGGCGCGUUGAAGUGGAGCGUACAUUGACAGAUUCACAGCGUGAUGAAUUCGAGGACAUGCUACGUGCACUGACAUUAGAGAGGAGUCAGAUAAAGGAGGCCAUGGGAUUUGCGUUGGAUAAUGCUGAUGCUGCUGGAGAGAUUGUCGAGGUUCUUGCAGAGUCUUUGACACUCAAGGAGACAUCUAUCCCCACCAAGGUUGCAAGGCUUAUGCUAGUGUCUGACAUCCUUCAUAACAGUAGUGCUCCCGUGAAGAAUGCUUCUGCAUUUCGAACCAAGUUUGAGGCUGCUAUACCUGAUGUGAUGGAGAGCUUCAAUGACUUGUAUCGCAGUAUUACAGGAAGGAUUACUGCUGAAGCUCUGAAGGAGAGGGUUUUGAAAGUUCUACAAGUAUGGGCUGACUGGUUCUUGUUUUCUGAUGCAUAUCUGAAUGGGCUGAAAGCAACCUUUCUUAGAACAGGCAACUCUGGGGUCACCCCUUUCCACUCUCUAUGUGGUGAUGCACCUGAAAUCGAAAAGAAAACUAGCUUUGAAGAUGGUAACAAUGGUUUUAGGCUUGAUGAAGAUGGUGCCCUGGCAACAGGAAAGGCAGCAGCAACUAAGGAGCUGUUAGGACUUCCGCUUUCUGAACUUGAACGCCGUUGUAGACAUAAUGGCCUCUCACUAUCUGGUGGUAAAGAGACAAUGGUUGCCAGAUUGCUCAGCUUGGAGGAGUUCGAGAAGGAGCGAGUAUAUCAGAAAGAUGUCGACAUGAAAUAUGUACAAGAUGAACCUCAUAGAACUGGAAGAGAGGAUAUUAGUUUGGAUGGGCGUAAUGCUUCAAGACCUGGAGAAGUUACUGGCGAUGAAUCAGAUAUGAUGGGUCUCUCUUAUCACACAGGUCAAAAGCGCUCUGGAGAAUCUGCAUCUGCUGAUCCUGGACAAGUUCCAAGCAAGAAGCAGAAAGCAGAUCCCAUCUUGCCAGCUUCUAAAUGGAAUCGAGAAGAUGACGGUAGUGACGAUGAAGAUAGAAAGAACGGUCAAGGAUUGGGAUUAAGCUAUUCAUCUGGAAGUGAUAUUGCUGGUGAUUCUGGGAAAGCUGACACGACAGAAAUUAGUACUGAUCAUGCAAUUCAUCAUCCAGACACAAUUGUUGAUGAAGAGCAUAGGCAGAAGCUGAGGCAAAUUGAGAUUGCUGUCAUGCAGUAUCGUGAGUCUCUUGAGGAGAAGGGUUUGCGGAACACGGAGGAGAUUGAGAGGAAGGUUGCCAGCCACCGUAGGCAUCUUAUGUCUGAGUAUGGUUUGUCUUCUUCAACAGAUAGGACAAACAAUAAGCGGUCCUCUGAGAGAAUAUCAUCGGAGCGGAAAGAUAGGUAUGAUGAUGCACGCGAUUCUUCCAAGAAGCGGCCUCGGAGCCCCAGUCGGAGCCGCAGUCCUUCAAGGAAGUCAUCAUUGGAUAGAGAUCGAGAGCACACUCGCAACAGAGAAAGAUCGCAUGGUAAUGAUGUUGGGAAAGACAGGGUACGUGAAAAAAGUGCAGGCCGAGCGAAGGAUGAUCACUACGAUAGGAGCAGAGAUAGAGAAAAGGACAGGAGAUAGGGAAGGUGACUGAUACUUGAAAAUCUCCAUGUUGUGCACUUCCCUUCGGCUGAAUAAGCAAGGGUCUUGGAGCGAGGUAAUAUUUGAGCUGGGCUGCAUCACUUGUACCCGCAGCAUCAAAAUGGGUAUGCAUGACCUGCUCCAUGGUUUCAAAGGCCCGCUCGUCUCGCGUGUUUGAGGAUUGAGAUGGCGCUCCUCAUAGAGAUAGAGGACCUGCUAUGUAGUAUCAAGAUGUCGUUGUGAAACAUCAAAUGUUGAGUAAUCACAUUUUCGAAGUGGAAACAAUGAGUUAAAUGCUGCACAUUCUGCAUGGACUGCAGCUACUGAACUUUGAUGACAUGUUUCAGUUUA